CUGUCCGGCCGCUUUCUUCAGACAUCUGCCUAAGGACAGACCAGGACAAGGUCAUGGUUAAGAGCCGAUGUGGCUCGGCUGAGGCGAAGGCAUCCCAACCGGUGUAUAUUAUUGUUCAUGUAGAGGCGGUGAUGGAUAUCAUUGUCCGGCUGCUGUCUCUGAUUGUUCCUCGGACCCAGGAUAAACUGGCCAGCUGGACCCUAGUUGAGGAUGUGACCAACAAGCUGUCCAGUGCUCUGUGGGUGAGGGUGACUAACAGGUGGAGGGAAGCAAAUGUCUGCCUGAAGACAACAGACAUCUUUCAGUUGGUGCUGUCUGUGCAUAGAAAGUUGAUGCAACGCUAUGGCACAGAGGAAGCCCUACAGAAGAUAGUGUGCCACAAGGCACCCAAGCUGCACAAGGACAUUGUCUGUCUUGUCACGAACGGAAUUAUGAAUGCACCAUCCAAACUUCAAGGCACCAAAAAUCUGGAAUCUACUCUCAACUUGAAAGAAUUGACAGCCUUGUUUAAUGAAAUGACAACCCGUCAAUCUUUGAAUAAGAAAGCUGAGCAGAGCAGCAUCAAGACUGAGAUUGAACAGCCGGAGUGGUCCACUGUGGAAUAAGUGACAUCCGGUUCCACCAGCUUCAUUAGGGAGCUUAUAUUAGAAGAAGUACUGAUGAAGCUUGUCAAGAAGAUAUGCCGUAUGCCAAAAAGGACCAACAAGCGUCAGCGCAUCCAGAUCAGUGAUCUGGUGACUGAGCUGAUUCGAUUGUUCGAUGAUGAGGUGGCCAAAUAUCUGAUUGAGGCAAUGGAAAGCCAGCAAAAAAGUUUCAAUUCUAAGAUGACAUCGAAGCUGGCAGAUGCCAUCUACACUGACCUUGGGAAGGUCAAGCGUUUGAAACGRUCCUUGAAAAUUGACGAUAUAUUUGAGGAUCAGGAGAUGCUUUCKAUUGUCUCUGACAUUGUUUCCCACAAGCUACUGGCCAUCUUGAAACCCUCAGUGCCCAACCCAUAUGACCGCGAGACCUCAGACCUUGAAGACUCAUGCAGUGAUGAUGUGGAGGAUGCGGAAUCUGAGGGGGUGUAUUAUGCCACCGGCAGAAAGUCCAACAUGAGCGUCGUCCUUACAGGCAGUACAGACCAGCCAGAGUUGUACAUUGCGGUGGAUUCUCCACCUAUGAUUAAAUUAUCCAAGAUGAGGAAAGGCAUCCGGGGCUUCUUCUGGGGAGUCCAGAAGGCCUGGAAACGCUUGGUCACCUGCAAGUCCUCUGGGUCCUCUGAUGGGUAGCCUGGAUGACGUGCAGCCCAUGUCAGUUGCUUUUGCAAGGCUACAUCUGAGGAGGACACCACAACUGGCCUCAAUACAACAUUUUUAUUUUUGUUGUUCAUUUCUGUUUUCAUUUUGAGUCCCCUAAUGCUGCUAUAUUUGAACCAGGCUGUCAGUGGACUAGCUUACCAUUAGUUUAUACUCCUUAAGGAAGAUCCACUAUAGGCUACUCAACACCAAAAUUCCAUCUGGGUCUUUUGAUCCCUUAUUAGCUCCUACUCCUGUAACUAGGAAUGUGAUCUUCUAAAAGUCAUUCAGACAUCUACAGCUUCGACUUUGAUUUGGAAGAUAAGCUAAGAAGCCCAACCAAUUGACUAGAUGUGCUGUACAUCUGAUGCCCUCUCCCUAUUGUAAUCAUUGAUCCACGUCCAUUGCAGCCUCUACAUUUGAUGUAGAUAUAUAGCCUAAAUUAAAGAAUUACAAGGAGGGUAGGCCGACAGCAGCUUCUACUCUUACGAUUAGGAAAGUGGUGCUAAACUUUUUGGGCUUUGAGGAACUAUGUAUUUUAUUUUUCAAUCACUUACAUCCUUUUUAAUGGUUGUUUUAAUAAACCAUUUGUAUUUUGAUUAA